UCAGUUUCGCCUCAUCGGAUUUUCGAUCGAAAUCGGCGAACGGCGGCCGGAACGCCGGAAGUAUCGGAGUUGAGUUUCGCCGGAAUGAGAGGGAGCUCUUUACGACGUCCGGUUAUGAUCCAGUGGCUCCGGCAAAUCGCCGUCACGAUCAAGAUCAAGCAUCUUCUGUGUUGUUGCAUUGUACUCGCUUUUGUCCUCUUUGCCACUCGCGCCUCCAAUCUCAUGGGAUGGACCUCCGACGACGGCGCUACGGCGCUCCGUUACUCUACGCCGCGGAAACGUUAUGCGAUUUUAAUGAACACAUGGAAGCGGCAUGAUCUUCUGAAGCAGUCCAUAUCUCACUACACGACUUGUAUGGGAGUUGAGUCGAUACAUAUUGUAUGGAGUGAACCCGAUCCUCCUCCUGAUUCCUUAGUAGCGUUUCUGCAGAGGACGGUGAAGGAGAAUUCUCGAAACGAUCGAGAGAUCGAGUUGAGAUUUGAAAUGAAUAAAGAGGACAGCCUGAACAAUAGGUUUAAGGAAAUAAAGGAUUUAAACACAGAUGCCAUUUUUUCCGUGGAUGAUGAUGUUAUAUUUGCUUGUUCUACUCUGGAGUUUGCCUUUACUGUUUGGCAAAGCGCGUCUGAGACUAUGGUUGGCUUUGUGCCCCGCAUGCAUUGGAUUGAUCAGGCGCAGGAAGAAGUGGGGAAAUACAUAUAUGGGGGAUGGUGGUCAGUAUGGUGGACUGGUACAUACAGUAUGGUGCUUUCAAAAGCUGCCUUUUUCCACUCGAAGUAUUUGGGUAUUUACACUCACCACAUGCCUGCUUCAAUCAGAAAUUAUGUUACCAAAAACAGGAACUGUGAAGACAUUGCAAUGUCUUUUGUUGUUGCUAAUGUGAGUGGUGCACCUCCUGUAUGGGUCAAAGGCAGGAUUUAUGAAAUAGGUUCAGGUGGAAUUAGUAGCUUAGGAGGUCAUAGUAAAAGAAGAAGCAAAUGCGUGAACACGUUUGUUGAAGAAUAUGGAGGAAUGAUGCCUUUGGUACCUUCAACUGUCAAGGCUGUUGAUAGUCGUCACCUUUGGUUUUGGUAAAAUCAUCCAUCCCUCCCAAUAUGCAAUUCAUAACAUACGUCUACUUUGUAAUUCGAUUCUAGUAGUUUUAAUCCAUCUCAUUUUUUGGCAA